CAUGCAAUAAGUGGCUCCAGAAGUACAAACUAUUUUUGAUGAAUUACUCAAACCAGUAUUAGAGAGAAUUGAAGUUUUGAAAGAUAGAGAUCAAUCAAAUGAGUUAUAAAUCAAAAAUCUAUUUGAUCAAAUGAGUGAAUUAAAAACAUUAAUAGGAAAUCUAAAACCAAUAAAAGUAGAAGAAGAAAAGAGUAAUAUUUAAUAGUAUUUAAUAGAAAUUGUCAAAUAAGAUCCUAAAAAAGAAAAUCAUUAAAAUAAUGGUAUUUUGAAAUUAAUAUAUUCCCACCAUAUAAUUAGAUGUUAAAAAGAUUGAUCGUCCAUCUACUGCUGUAACAACAAAAAACCCAGCACCUGCAAAAGUAAAAGAACCCAAGCCUAUAACUGCCCCAAAACCCUUAAGUCAAAGUACAAUUGUUGAAAAAACAACAGCACCUGUUGAUAUUGAAAAAAGUAUUUAAAACUUUAAUCAUAUUUUAAUAGACUAACCAAAAUCUCCAAAAGAAGGAAACCAAAAUAAAACUAAAUAAUAAUAAUAAUAAUAAUAAAUACCAUAACCUAAACCUAAAUCUGCAGUUUAACCAUAAUAAAAAUAAUAAUAAAUUAAAGAAACAAAGGAAAUAAAAGAAACAAAGGAAACUAAGGAAUAAUCAGCCAAAUAGACACCUUAAUAAAAAGAAGAAAAAAAAAUUGAAAAAUAACCAGCCAAAACUAAAACUGCUUAGCCUGCAUAACCUAUUUAAGCAGAAAAAAAAGAAGAAAAAAAAGACACUAAAAAAACAGACAAUAAAACUUCUCAAAAAUAGAAUACAAAAUAACCUGAAUAGAAAUAAACAGAUAAAAAAACUGAUGAUAAAAAGAUUGUGAAAAAAGGAAAAUAAACAGAGGAUACAUUAAAUAAAAAUGAAUAAUAAACAGAUGAAUAAUUUUAAUAAUAAUAAUAAAAUAUAACUAAAACUUAGAAUAAUAGUGAAUAAAAAUAAUAAAUAGAAUAACCUUAGUAAUAAGUAGUUGAAUAAAAAGAAUUUAUUGAAACAAAAACAGAGUCUCCUGAAAUUUAAAACAUUGAACCUAAAGAGUCAAUAGUAGAAUAAUCGCAAAACUAAGAUUAAUUGACAUAGAAUCAAGAUGUCUAAGAAGUUAAUGAAAUUUUGCCAGAAAAAAUUGAAAAUUAAUAAUAGGAAGUAGUUUGAUGUGAUAUGAAU